CUGUACUUUCUCACGGCUGCUAUUGCAUUUUUCAACUAAAACAAUUAAUGUUUUGAAAACCUUUUUCGUUUUUAUUAUUCAAUUAUAAAUGUAGUGGUUUAAGGAUAUCAAUAUGAGUGCAAAAAAGGGCAAGGGACCCGUAAUCGACUCGGGCAUAUGUCGUUGUUGCGGAUCAAUGAAGAAAUGUAGAGUUCUAAACGUUGAAUAUAAUAGUUUUGGGAAGAAUGAGGUGUAUUCUGAUAUGAUUAUGGAUUGCUUUGGCUUAUUAUUAUCGCAGCUUGACAGUGUAAUGUCUGAUCGUCUUGUUUGUGCGGUUUGUGUACAUCGAAUAAGAGAUGCAUGUGAUUUCCGACAACAAAUACUUAAAUGUGAAGAGGCAUUUUUACGGGCAAAGAUUUAUGAUGCUGAAGAUGAGGAACAACCAUUGGAGCCGCCAAAAUUGGAGGUCAAGACUGAACAUUUAGAAGAAGAUGAUAGAUCUCCAUCACCAACAUUGGACAUUGAAGAUAUACCUCUCAGUGAUAUUAAAAAAGAAAUGAAUCCGUUAUCCGUCAAGCCGGAAGCAAAAGUUGAGGAAAUAAAGGAUGUUAAAAUACCACCCGUGCCCCCGAAGCCAAAAAUAAUUAAGAAGAAAUGUCUUCCUCAACCUAAACUGCCCAUGUCGAUGUUACAACAGAAAAUUCGAGAACAAGAUCCAUCUUACACAUCCAAAUCAAACAUAUACACAAUAGUUGAGAACUCCUUCGCUUGCCCCUUCAGAUGCCGACACAAUAACCUGUUAUGCUACUACUGUGCUGAAACAUUCACCGAUCCAGAACUACUAAGAAAUCAUACAGUAUCACACAAAACAAAGAAUUUUUUCAUGUCGGAGAGGAAUUCCACCCUCAAACUUGAUGUUACAAGAAUUGAUUGCCGACUUUGUCCAACCAAGAUCAAUAGCUUGGAUGAUUUCAAGCACCAUAUAUCAAGUGUACACUCCAAGAAGUUUUACUUCAAUGCAAAGGACAACAUCCUUCCAUUCCGGUUGCUCAAGGAGGACACCAAAUGUGCCAUAUGUGACCGUACAUUCCCCUACUUCCAUGCCCUAAAUAGACACAUGAAUGAACAUUACAACAAUUAUGUGUGUGAAUUGUGUGGUUUGGGGUUUGUGGACCGGGCCAGGUUUCUUGUGCAUCAACAGAGACAUGAAAAAGCAAGUGUACCGUGUGAGAUUUGUGGUAAAGUGUUUAGAAUGGUCAGUUAUAAGGAAGUGCAUGUCGAUAGAGUUCAUAAUAAAAGGGGCAGGGUUUAUUGUCCUAAGUGUGAUGUGACGUUUAUGAGUUAUCAGCAGAAGUUGAAACAUUUAGUGCUAGUUCAUGGUGAGGAACCGUUGUCCUUUCCAUGUAAUUUGUGUGAUCGAGUGUUUGAUACAAGACGGAUGUUCACAAUACAUAAGAGGAAGGUGCAUUUGAAGGAUUUCAGAUAUGAAUGCCAAUGUUGUGGCCAGAAAUUCUUCACUCGAUCAGCACUCAACAAUCAUAUGCCGGUACACACCGGCGAAAGGAACUUUAAAUGCAAAUUUUGUGACAAGUCCUACCCUCGUUUGAAGACUUUGAAAGAUCACAUACGAAUACAUACGAAUGACAGAAGAUAUAGAUGCCAUAUAUGUGGGCAAGCGUUUAUCCAGAAUUGCAGCUUGAAGGGACAUUUGAAAAGCCAACAUCCGGAGUAUACAUAGUUUUAGACCAUUUAGUAUGGGAAUUAUUACGUAACGCAAUUUUUGGAGAUUAUUGCCCCCCCCCCCCAUGUAACUCGCCGUAACGUUUUUCAGUACACAAGUA